AUGAAUGUAUCAGAAUUACUUAUUUUUCAACGAACACCACCAUGGAUAAUACCUCGAUUUGAUCGUUUAAUAACUGAUUGGGAAAAAAAUUUAUUUCAAUAUUUUCCAAUUAUUCAAAAAAUUAUUCGUGGUAUUUUUUAUUGGAUAAUGGAAACUCUUGCACUUGCAUUUGCUUAUCGUUGGUCAUUAAAAUUUAUAAUUGAUAAAUUAGUUAAAUAUAAUCUUGAAAGACAAGUUAAAGAUAUAGAAUUACGAAAAAAAUUAACACCAACAUGGGAAUUUGGAUGUAAACGUAUGUUAAUAACUAAUGAUUGGUAUUCAACAUUACAAAAAUCAAAUGUAAAACUUGUUACUAAUCGUAUACAAGAAAUUAAAUCACAUUCAAUUGUUACUCAAAAUGGAGAUGAAUAUCCAGUUGAUAUUAUUAUUUGGUCAACAGGUUUUCAAACACAAGAACUUCCAUUACCUAUUUAUGGUAUUAAUGGUUGUUCAUUAGCAAAACAAUGGUCAGAAACAAUACAAGCAUAUCGUGGUGUAACUGUACCUAAUUUUCCAAAUUUGUUUAUUCUUCUUGGUCCAAAUACAACACUUGGUCAUAGUUCUGUUGUAAUUAUGAUUGAAUCACAAAUAAAUUAUAUAGCUGAAGCAUUUUUUUAUAUGAAUAAAAAUAAUAUACGUUCUAUUAAUAUAAAACAAGAUGUACAUGAAAAAUAUAAUCAAGAUAUACAAUUACGUUUAAAAAGAACAGUAUGGCAAAAAGGAGGUUGUCAUUCAUGGUAUCAAGAUGCUAAAGGUAAUAAUACAUCUUUAUGGCCUGAUUUUACAUGGAUUUAUAUAUUAUUAAUGAAAAAUUUUGAUUAUGAAAAUUAUAUUUUUCGAACAUAA